CGGGAAAAUUAGCUGUCAUAUACCUAGGGUUGAAUUGAUUAAAGACUCUUUUCAACUCCGUUUCUUCCUUCACCGGCCACCGCAAAAUUUCCGGCAGAUUUCGUUUCUCCGACGACCAGCAAACUGUACCGCAAGGAUUUUGGCACAUAAGAAGAAAUGGGUGAUGAAGGAAAUCCACAAACUCCUAGAAGAACCACUAGAGCAUCAUUGUCUAGCACACCGAAUCCAAAAAGUUCUACAGGGAAGUUAAAAUCAUGUAACUUGUUGCCUUUGACAAUACAUGAUCUCGCUUAUGGAGAUGAAUCAAUUAGUUUCAAUGAUUUGAUUUCUAGUUUACCUGGUAGACGUGCACAAAUUAUUGAAUUAUUACACCUUUUGGGCCCUUUGGAUUCUCCAAUGUUUCCUGUGUUUGUAUAUGGAGGUGCUUCGACUGGGAAAACAAGUUCGAUUCUUCAGACAUUUAAGCACCUAAAACGUCCAUUUGUUUACUGCAGUUGUAUAACGUGCUAUAACCCAAGGAUACUAUUUGAAUCUGUGUUGAACCAGUUAUUGCUUCAUAGAAGAAAUGAAAGCAAUCGUUAUUCCAGUACGAAACGCUGUGAAAGGCCCUCCGAUUUUGUAAAUCUUUUGCAGGAGGCUCUUCAUAAUGUGGUAGAUAGUUUGAACGGGAAUGUGGAGAAAUCAAGCUCGAAGAAGUCGGUGGGAAGGGCUAGGGGGAAAAUGGUUUACUUGGUAUUUGAUAACUUGGAGCUUGCUCGUGAAUGGGAUAAGAGUUCCAACAUAUUGCCUUUUCUCUUUAAGCUCUAUGAUAUUCUGAAAAUGCCAGAAGUGGGUUUGAUUUUUCUCAGUAAUGCCUCACCUGACACUUAUUACUCGGACACUGGUUAUGUAGAACCCGUUCCUGUUUACUUUCCUGAUUACACUGAGGAUGAGCUUCGUCAAAUCUUAAUGAAAAACCCGAAAAACCCAAAGCUAUAUUCUUCAUUUCUUGGAGUGGUGUUGAGGCCAUUUUGUCGAGUUACUCGGCGAGUUGAUGAAUUAUUGACUGCAUUCUCAUCAUUAUAUCAGAUAUAUUGUGAACCUCUUGAUGAUUUAGGCAUUGUUCCAAAUGAAGAUAUGAAAAGAAAACUUUUUUCUCAUCUUCAACCACAUAUUGGACCAUCCCUGAACGAAACGUUCAAAGUUGAAAGCAGGCUGUCUUCUGAUGCCUCAGCUAACACGAACAAAUGGAAAGGCAUUGCCAAGAAAGUUGGAGUUAGUGAAUCUUCCAAUGAGAUAGACUUUCACAUGUCUGCUUGUGCCAAAUAUCUUCUUAUUUGUGCUUUCCUUGCUUCAAGAAAUCCAGCUACACUUGACGCAUCCAUGUUUGACUCAACUGGAGGUUCCAAUAACAAAAAACGAAAGAGGAGCUCGGAGAAGUCAAAAGAGAAGAAGGAAAUUGCAGAACAAGAAUUGCUCUUGAAGGGACCAGGAACGUUUCCCUUGGAAAGAUUAUUAGCCAUCUUCCAGUGUAUUGUAUCUGUGUCAGAAUUCUUACCUGAUGAAGUAGCACAAGGAGAUGGUGGAUUGGAAGGAGAGAGUUGGACUAACGGGCUAUUGUCUGAUGUUCUUUUGGAAUUAUCAAGUCUGUGUAAUGCCAAUUUUAUCAGUAAAGGCGGAAGUUGCCCCUUGGAAGGCGCUAAUCGGUAUCGAUCUAUGGUGUCUGAAGCAAUGGCUCUUAAGGUUGCAAAGAGUCUAAAAUUUCCUCUGGCAAAGUAUUUAUAUAGAGGAGGAUGAUAUAGAAGAUGUCU